GCACAUCACACAUAUAUACAACACGUACUCCUUUUUAAAGUCACGAGACCCCCUCUGCUCGAUCUGUAUCUAUUUAUGUAUGUUCUUUCAAUUCUAGAGAGAGAGAGAGGAGUGUCGCCAGGCCAGAAGCGGUGGCAGAGAAACUGAUAGAGAACUUUCAAGCUGCUUAGCUUAGCUUGCUGCUCCUCAUCGCCUUUCUUCAUCAUCACUCAACUCAAUCUCUCCCUAGCUAGCUAGUAACAUGAUUUCAGUCCCAAACUGAAUGUCUCUUAAUUCUAUCUAUCCAUUCAAUUCGAUCACAAACUUCUCUUCUCUUUAAUUUUAAUUUUCAUUUUCCAUCCCGCCCUCUCAUCACUUAGCUAGCUAGCUUGUGUCUUUCUCUGUUGGUCACUACUAUACACGUACAAACUGCGGGCACCAUCCAUGAGACCUGAGGGGAAUCCACUCGACCUUAACAACUUACCUGAUGAUUACUCUAGAGAUGGUAAACAAGUCCUUGAAGACAGCUCUUCUUGUGCCGGGUAUAGGAAAAAGAAAAGCGGCGGCAAAGAUGAGUGUGGUAAGGUGUAUGAAUGCAGGUUUUGCUCCCUCAAGUUCUGCAAGUCUCAAGCUCUUGGGGGACACAUGAACCGCCACCGCCAAGAGAGGGAGACAGAAACAUUGAACCGGGCUCGUCAACUUGUUUUCAGUAACGAUAACAUGUUAACCCAAGGAACUCACCACCUAGGGUGUCAAGGAAUUCCUCACGGAGGCUAUCAUCAUCAAUCAAGCAACAUAGGAGAUCCUACACUUCAAUACAGAUCAAUCUACCCAACAAGACUAUUUUCCGGCACCUCCACCAACACACUCAUACCAACGCCGCCUCCGCCUGGACAGCCACCGCCAGUUCAACCAUACGUGUACGCUUCCCCUCCGCGCCUGCAGGUUUCUUUCCCAUCCUCACACUAUCCCGUCAAUGACUACUUUGUCGGUCACGUCCUCCCCACCACUCAAUCCAGCCCUAGCUACGCCUCCGCCGCGCCACCAGAAACCAGCUACACCUGCAUCGGUGCACCAGUGGGGCACGGCGUGCUACCCAGCGGCCGAGGAAGCUCGGAAGGGGUUCCUGGUGGUGGCGUUGCUGUCAGAGACAUGUCACUCUACAGUAAUGCUUCACCCAUCAAUCGGUUUCAAGACGGAUUCUAGUACUAUAGCUCUUAGUGGGUAGCUUAGCUAAGCGGAAAAAAAAAAAA